AUGCUUUACUACCUUGAUCUCAAACAUUCUAAUCCCAAUGUAAACUUUAUGGUUAGGGAGGGUGAGGAGGUCCGGCCUGAAAUCUUUGCCAGAUAUGACUAUGGAUAUGAGGAUUCAGUAAAUGUUUCAAAUAAAUCAGCCGAUGAAAUAUUAAAGGCAAUCCACACUCUGAACAAAUAG